GGAAAAGGUUGAUAAAGGAUUCAUAGAUGCGUGUAUUUACGUAAAGGAUCGCAUGGAGGAGGUCUCCUCUCCAGAUAAAGAAAUGCGGCAGGUAUUGGUGGUGCUCUACCAGGAGUGGUUCAAGGUUUCCAGUCAGAAAGAGUCAGAGGCAGACACGGUCAGAUUAUACCUGCGACAAGUGGGAAUGACCACGCCCACUCUCCUACCGUACGUUGUUAAUCUGACAGACGGCAACGGGAAUAUGGCGCUCCACUACAGCGUGUCACAUUCUAACUUCCCUGUGGUCAAACUGCUGCUAGACACCGGUCUAUGUGAAACAGAUAAUGUGAAUAAAGCAGGCUAUACUCCAGUGAUGCUGGCUGCUCUGACUGCUGCUGAGAGCCCUGACGAUCUGGAGGUGGCUCAGCAGCUGCUGAAGCUUGGGGAUGUCAAUGCUCGCUCCAGACAGGCAGGCCAGACGGCCCUCAUGCUUGCAGUGAGCCACGGCCGCGUUGCCAUGGUGAAGCUGCUCCUGAGCUGCGGAGCGGAUGUGAAUGCCCAGGACCGCGAGGGAUCUACACCCCUGAUGUGCGCCUGCGAGCACGGACACACACACAUCGCUCGCCUGCUGCUGGAGACGGGUCGCUGCGACACCAGUCUCACAGAUAAGAAUGGYCACACAGCCCUGUCGGUGGCAGAGGCAGCUGCUCAUCAAGAUGUCGCCGACCUUUUGAAGGCCCACGCAUCUCAGCCCACGUCUGCUGCAGACCCCCUUUAAGCCACGGUCCUCGGGAGCAACAAUCAGCUCUUAUUCUUCGCAACACUYUUCCAACCAGUUGAGGGAAACUAAAUAUGACACAACAUGAGAUAUAUAUAUGUCUAAGAUGUGGAUGUCUGGAUGUUUUUUUUUUUAACCUCUGGGAUUGAAGAGUUUAAGCGUUUAUGCCUCUGCCAGCAUGCCCUGUGGAUGUUUGUGCAUAUGCUGCAACAGCUGAUCUAWCAGUCGAUGGGGGGCUCGGACAGAUUGAAGAUAAGUCAUCAUUAUGGCAACAAAUUUAACUGAUGACAUAUUAAGCAGGACACAGGGUGAGAAUAUAAAGCAGGACGAGUCAAUAACUCUGAAGUGCUGCUUCGUUAAACUAACUCUUAAAGCAAAAUACUAAGCACAUGAUCUACCUUUUAAAUAUAUAAAUAUAUAUAUAUGAAAUACAAUAUUAUUUCUAUUUUCUUUAAGAGCAUUGACAUUGUUUAUUUCAUAUACUGACAUAAGCCAUUAUUUUGAACAUACAGUAUUAUAUAUAGAAUGUUAUUCUAUCAGAUUAUGAUCAUACAAACAGAGACUGUAUUUUCUACUGCACUUUUUUAAAAAUUGUGUUUGUGUCUAUUAAAUAUUYGUCUAUAAUACGGUGUUCAGAGGAAAACUAUAUAACCAGAAGUGACAUUUAAUGAGUUGUUGCUCCACAGUGGUCAUGUUAUUUUUUGACAUGUUUAAUGAGUGAUUAUCAUUUGUGAGUUAUUGGGAAACAAAGUAUUUAGUCCGAGAUAAAAAUGGUUUUGUUCAAGACAAAAAUUAAGCAUUUUUAUAAUAAUUAUAUGUCUAGAUUGGGGAAAAAAAGAGGCAGAAGUCUUCUCAUUUAGAAGGUUGUAUUGAGCAGAAGAUGCUGCAUGCCAAUACAGUUACUCCCCCUACUGGCUGUUUUGUGUAUAACUACUCCUUAGCAGUAUGUUGUAAUACUGUCUGUUUUUUUUUUCAUCUAUGAGGUCAAAAAUACUAAGUUAUGCCUUGUUUGCCUGCUUGUUUCAAAUCWAAAUCAUGUAUGCAACAGAAACAAAAUGCACAAUGAAUGUCAGGCUGGCUGUGACACAUUCCAAAAGAAGAAGAAGAAGAAAAAAAAUGUAGCAAGUUUUAACUAAACGUGCAUGAAUUAUAGGACUAACACAAGCUGUGAGUGGAGGUGACAAACCUUAGAAUCGGUCCGGAUGUUUUUAGUUUGUAUAUCUAGAGACGUUUAUUCACUCGCGGAGUCUUUAGAUCGAGACUUUUCCAUCCCUGUUUUCUCCUCUGGGAGUUCGGAAAUCUGAUCCGACAGCUAAAAGCCUCCAGCAGCGGAGGGGUUUGUUUUGUUUGCAAUAAGAAGCAAUAUCAAUGAAAACACUUCAUUGUCAAUCAGAAAUCAGGUAUGUGGUGGGAUGUUGGUCUAGCCUUAAUCAGACAAACUGUUUAUUGUUCUCUAGCCGAUGCUUCCUUUCCCAGGAGGUCAGGUCUUCUUCUGUUUACCGCAAAUUCUGCACCCGUUUUCCUCUCAUACAGCAGAACACGAGUGUGAUCUCAUGAAAUGUUUACAACUAAACAUUCCUUCCUCAAUGAUCACAACGGAUGCCAAACGUUUCAGUAUGUUUACAUGAAAUACGAUGAAAUGCUGAAUAACGGAACACACYGAAUUGAUUCAUCAGGAAAUAACCCAUGACGGUUCCUUUAUUAAAUCUUUCUUUGAUAGGAAGCGCCCUACAGCACCAAUUUAAAAAAAAAGGUUGGGAUGUUGUGUAAAUGUAAAUAGGAACAGAAUGCAAUGAUUUGCUAAUGUCAUGAGUUUAAUUUUCUUUAUGACGGAGCAGAGUAAACGGCAAAUGUUUGAACUAGGAAACUGCAGCAACACAUCUCAAAAUGAGAAAGAUGAGUAAAAACCGUCUAAACAUUAAACUAUUUACUUUUUCUUAAUUAGAUUAGCAAAUAAUUGUAUUACGAAUGAGUAUUUGCAUUUAUUUAAAGUUGUUAACAGUGGUGGGCACACCUUACCAAAACCACUAACYCGCUAAACAAGAAUCUUAGCUCCGCUAAUGCUAAACAGAUAAAAAAUUAACGGAAGCUAACGCUAUGAUGACUAUUCAUUGAUGCAGUCCUGUUGUUAGUUUUCUAUUGGUUUAAUUUGAAGGUGGGUGGGAUCAUUUGGGACAAAUCGGCCAAUCCAAACCAGAGUUACAGCUCUGUCUUAACUAGUGAUACUUUCAGUUUAACCCUUUCAGAAUAAAAAACAUUUCUUUGAUCGAGUUUGUAUUUUUAGAAAUACUGACGAAUAAGACAGAUGAAUAAGACAAAUAACAAAUAUAAAAUACUUUCUAUGCCUUUUUUUCAAUUUUUGUAUUCAUUAUUUAAAGAUUCUUAAAUUGKAUUUUAUUUAUUUUAGACGCUCUAGUUUAGCUGCUAAAGAUACUAGSCUAUAUCAUGCACACACAUACAGCACUGCUUGUUAGAGUGGAUUUUUUUAUAAAUGGCAUAAAAUUUUAACUCAAAAGUUUAACGCCUUUUUUUUUUAGCAGAACCUAAUUUAGGGAAAGCUAAAUCCGUCUGCUAAUGGGCUCUGAAGUUAGCGAGAAAAGCUAAUUCGCUAAAAGAGAAUCUACUUCCGCUAUUAGCAGAUUAGCGGGAUUGUGCCCACCACUGGUUGUUUUGAGUUGUGUGUGACAUCAAUUAAAAACAGAAAAGGUCAAAUUGGAUGCAUAAUGCUACUAAAAUUGAUACGUGUAAUGUACGCAAAUAAAUGUAUUGGUUUUCCAACCUUUAAAAAGCCCAAAACUGAUGCGACUGGAUGCAAAACUCCACCAAACGUUGAUUGAGUUUUAAGGGUACCAACAUAUUUAUCUGUGUCUUGUACGUGGUCAACAAUCUAGUCAGCAUCACAAAACGAAAAACCUCCGACAAUCAUUCAAACUCCGGAGAGUUCCGUUCCACAUUUAAAAACGUAUAAAUGUCUCAGCCCUGCUUUAGUUUACAGAUCGAUUCGAGUCUUGAUGAUUUGACAUCACGAUGAAAAGUGUCGUUGAGCGGUCUUCUUCGUGCAAUCUGACCACUGACUAUCAGCCUUCUGUCACUCUUAAACAUCUUAAAUUAAAUGAAGAAAUAACAAAAGGAGCAUCUGCGUUAUAAACUACGUGACUGCAUUUAUGCAACAAAGAUUUAUCUUCUACCAGCUGAAAUAGCACAAAGCACCAAUUAUUCUGACUUUAACUCUGCUGCACACCUGAUUGUUACUGAAGAAGCAACGACGAGUCCGUUCCCACCUUCCAGACAUGAGGGCUGGUCAGAUCUGUGCUGAGAGAAGUGUCUGGUCUUCCGUGCCUACACAUAAGGUCUUCAUAGUUAUUUCUGUUCAAUCCCGUGUGACCCAGAUGUAAUAGGAUUUCACAUCUGGCUGAUCACCAAAGAACUUUAAUCUGUUUCAUAUUUAAAAUAUGUUUAUUGUUUCUGUAAAUCCAGCCAAAUACAUAUAGAAAAAGUGUUGUGAAAAGUAUAUAACGAGUAUUGUCUGACAGUCUACAAAUUAUAUGAAGUAUUUAUUCUGAAAGCUAUAUUUUUUACCAUAAAUAUAUAUCAAACAUGUAUGCAUGGGGACAAAUAUUCAACUAUUAGUGCUGAAGGGGAAUUUGGAUGAAUGAAAAGUACUCCCCCYGAUGUUGUGAUUAUGUGGCUGAACUUUGGCAGGUUGGAUGUUUGCGACGAGGCUGUGGGUUUUCACACAUCYUCCACGCUACUUUGACAUCCGCAGGGAAAACACAACAAAAGCAAAAAGAUGAAAAGAUGUGACGUGUCUCCAGCCUGAGAGUCGACAUGACUGAGUCAAAUGUAAAAAAGAAAAAAAAAUCUCUACUUUUCUGUAAUAUUCUGUGUAGAAYUGUGUGGCUUGUAUCUUAAAAAUCAGAGAACGACUUCUAAAUUAAUAAAGGUUUUAAAAUGAU